AUGUUGGUGAGGUAUUUUGAUAGACUGUAUGUCGAGGAAUUUGCAAAAGAAAUUAUUGGUAUCAAAAGAUGUCCGGGUAUGUGGGCUUUGACAGCUCCAUACAAUUUGGGGGAUGCAGAGCUGGUAUUAUCGAAGAAGAGGAGGGCGGCCCCCAUUAUAAAGUGCAGCUUGGCACAGGGCCUCUGUGGUGCUCCUGAUGUCCCCCACAUCCAAUAUCCUUCCAACCGCAUUAAGUAUCAGGAGAUUGACUUGGAGGCCAUUUUGGGGCGUGGGGGUGUCACUCGGAUAACAUUCGAGCUUCGGUUGACAGAACAGACUGAAGCUGUGUGGGAUACGUUACUUCUCGGAACGAGGCUUUACAUUCAAGUACCGCAGUCACUUCUUCCCGAUGGAUCAAAGGAAGCAUUUAUCACAUUACUUGAAUAUGCAGAAGAAGUUUUGAAGUGCACUGAUAUAAUCGUUUGUCUUAAGAAGGACAGGGCUGAUCGAGCCCAAUUGGUGAGGACAUUCAUGUAUCUUGGCUUUGCAAUACUGCCACCUGGCCACGAGUUGCUUCUAAACAGCAACGACACCAUCAACUUGUACAUGCGUUACGCCAUUGAGUAAAUUCCUCGUUUUACGGUUGUAGCUAUUUCGAUGGCUUCCCAAUAUUUUCCCUUUUGUCACAUUUGUAAAGAACUAAUGACCUCUAAGGCAAUCUCCUCUCUUUUUGCGGGAUGGUUCAGUAACAUAAUGAAUAAAUAAUUAUAAUAUAUACACUUAUUAAUACUGCAUUUUAAGUUUCUGGUUUCUAUUGACUUUGAGAUAUUUCAACCUCUCACCACACUUUCUCUUUAUUUUCUUCCUCCCUUUCUUUUUUUUCUUUUUUUUUAUUAUUUAUUUAUUGUUUAGACAAAUUGUUUAAAAUAAAUUACCAUUCCAUUUAUAAUUUUAAAACAUUUUGUUUUCUGUUCCUUAUUUUGCCUUUGCCUUAAAAUAUAAUUGCUUCUGAGCAUUGACUUUUUGUUUCUUUUUUUUUCAGUUCAAUGUAUAAAUGUAUCGAAUAUGUAAACCAACAAUCUCUAGCAUAAAGGCAUUUUAAAAUAUAUACACCAUUGUUUUAGUCCUUAGCUUUUUAUGCAUAUUAUAAUUCGUAUAUUUUACUAUU